GUCGGGGCAUUUAUGCGGUUGGAACGGGUGCAUUGCUGUGCCGCGUAGUGGUUCCAGAAUAUUUAACACCAGCUGGCUCCCUCUGCAGCGACGGAAAGCUUUUGAGAAUCUUCUUUUUCGUUGAGACCCAAUCGACUGCCCAACUCGACCAAACAGGGAAUUCCGCACAACACGCUGCGACAAGACACCGCAGCCUGAAGCGUCCGGAGCAGAGGCCGCUUGCCUGGGCCCCGCCAGUCAGAGCUUUCGAUUCCAGGGUCCCGAGUCUCAGGGUGCCAGCCCACCUGCAAUCAGUGACUUCAGAGCGCAGCCCGCAGCCCGCAGCCCACCCGCAGCGCCACCAACAACUCAGGGACUUGAGCAGCGACGAAACUGCCAUUGCCCCGCCAUCCCUCCUGGUGACAGACCCUUCACGACCAUUAGACCUUCUCUCUCCUCUCUGUUCACCCUGAUUUCCACAAAGUCUCAUAUCAGUCUGUCACAAUGGGUUACUCUGAUCUCGAUUGGAAGGCUGUCAACACCAUCCGACUGCUUGCGGUCGAUGCCACUCUCAAGGCUAACAGCGGUCACCCUGGCGCCCCCAUGGGCAUGGCCCCGGUGGCCCACGUUCUUUUCAACAAGUUCAUGACCUUCAACCCCAAAAACCCCAACUAUAUCAACCGCGACCGAUUUGUCCUAUCGAAUGGACAUGGUUGUAUGCUCCAAUAUGCUCUCCUCCACCUUUUCGGCUACGCCGUCUCAAUGGACGACCUGAAACACUUCCGACAAGUUGACAGCAUCACUCCCGGUCAUCCUGAAGCUCAUGACACUCCCGGCAUUGAAGUGACCACUGGUCCUCUGGGUCAGGGCUUUAGCAAUGCUGUUGGCCUGGCGAUUGCUCAAGCUCACACCGGCGCUGUCUUCAACAAGCCUGGCUAUGACCUCAUCAACAACUAUACCUACUGCUUUUUCGGUGAUGGCUGCGCUAUGGAAGGUGUUGCAAGCGAAGCUGCUUCCGUUGCCGGCCAUCUGCAGCUGGGCAAUCUCAUCUGCAUCUAUGAUGACAACCAUAUCUCCAUUGAUGGUGACACAAAGGUUGCUUUCACCGAGGACGUUGUCAAGCGAUUCGAAGCCUACGGCUGGCAUGUUCAGCAUGUCAAGGACGGCGAUCACGACCUUGAAGGUAUCGAAGCUGCGAUUAAGAAGGCCAAGGAGGUGAAAGACAAGCCUUCCAUGAUCAAGCUGACUACCACCAUCGGUUUUGGCUCCAAGCUGCAGGGCACAGGUGGCGUGCACGGCAACCCCCUCAAGGCCGAUGACGCUGCGCAGGUCAAGCAGAAGUUUGGCUUCAAUCCUGAAGAGUCCUUCGUGGUCCCUCAAGAAGUGUAUGACUUGUACCACAAACACGCUUCCGAAGGCGCCGCCGCCGAGCAGGCUUGGAAUGACCUGUUCAAGAAGUAUGGGAGCGAGUUCCCAGAGCUGGCCAAAGACUUUUCCCGUCGUCUCUCACGCAAGCUCCCCGAAGGAUGGGAAAAGACCCUGCCGGUGUGGAAGCCGACAGAUGCUGCGGUUGCCACCCGCAAGACAUCUGAGAAGGUCCUGGAGUGCAUCCACGAAGCCGUCCCGGAACUGUUGUCAGGCUCUGCAGAUCUGACUGGAAGCAACAACACCCGAUGGAAGAACGCGGUCGACUUCCAGCCUCCAAGCCUGGGCAUUGGCGACUGGACCGGACGCUACCUGAGAUACGGCGUUCGAGAGCACGCUAUGGCUGCCAUCAUGAAUGGUAUUUCUGCGUAUGGCACGCUUAUUCCGGCUGGUGGUACUUUCUUGAACUUUGUGUCAUAUGCUGCUGGGGCUGUCCGUCUGUCGUCUCUCUCGCACCAGCGAGUUAUCUAUGUUGCCACUCACGACUCCAUCGGUCUCGGCGAAGACGGCCCUACUCAUCAACCGAUCGAGACUUUGGUCCAUUUCCGAGCUCUUCCCAAUAUGAUGGUGUGGAGGCCUGCUGAUGGCAACGAGACGUCUGCCGCAUACUACAUGGCUCUUACUUCGACAUCUACCCCCUCCAUCCUGGCUUUGACCCGACAGAACCUGCCCCAGUUGGAGAACUCGACAAUCGAGAACGCGAUCAAGGGCGGUUACGUUGCCGUUGAGGCCCAGAAUGCCGACAUCACCCUCGUUUCCACUGGCUCGGAGGUGGGCCUCUGUGUCGAUACGAUCAAGGUCUUGAAGGAUCAGCAUGGACUCACUGCCCGUGUUGUGUCGAUGCCGUGCACAGAAGUCUUUGACGCUCAGCCCAAGGAUUACCAGCUCAAGGUGAUUCCUGACGGCAUCCCGGCCCUGUCUGUGGAAGUCAUGUCCACCCUCGGAUGGGAGAAAUACUCGCAUGAGCAAUUUGGUCUUAACCGAUUCGGCGCUUCCGGCCCAUACAAGGAGGUGUAUAAGAAAUUCGAGUUCACGCCUGAGGGCAUUGCUAAACGUGCCGUUGCCACGGUUGAGUUCUACAAGGGCUUGAAGCCUCGAUCACCAAUCAACCGUGCUUUCCAACAACUUAUCUAGACACCCUGCGUGGGCAAAGUUGUCGCAAGGAAGUGGUUUGAGUCUCCCGGAUCGGACGAGGGCACUUAACAAUCUGGUCUAGGCUAGGGUCGACCGGUUAUGCCACCCAAGCCAGCAGGAUGGCCAUGUGUAUGAUGAUCCAAUGCAUAAAUUUGAUGCGGCCUAGAUAGAUUCAUUCACACGGGGAAGACAAUACAAGAUGCAUACUGCAAAAUGUCCGAGACGAAGGUUCGCCAACACUCUCGUUGGCGGCAAGUUGGUUGGAUUAGACUCGCACGAUUCCUGCAGAUUUGACACCUUGAACCCGCGUACCUGACAGCCCAGUCACGAGACGGCUGAGGUCAGGAAACAAUAUCAUUUGUGAAUCGAGGAUGAGCCCGUGUGAUGGCGUAUCAAUGGCGCCCUUCCUCUGCCCUCCCUGAUCCGUCAUUGAUUUGCUCCC